CGCCCUGGCCUCUGAUUGGCUGUCUCCAUCCCGGUCUACACAAUCCACGGUGAUUCAGGAAAACCACCUGAUCACCUUGGAAUGGACUCUGGAUUUCACUGGGAAGAGUAGGUGAUGCAGCCCUUGCAAGGAUAAGGACCACGACCCGCAGCAGUUUCUUGAGUGUCGGAUUCUACCAUAUAUAGCUUUGAUCAAACGGGGAGGAGGGACAGAAGGGAUCUCGACCGCAGGAGGGCGCUGAUCAUUCGAGGGUGUGAGCGAAAAUGGAGGAGGGAAACGCGAAGAAGAAGAUAAUGGUGGCGAUCGACGACAGCGAGUGCAGCCACUAUGCUCUGGAAUGGGCUCUCGACAACUUGGGCCACUCCAUCGCCGGCUCCGAGCUCAUCGUCUUCUCAGUCCAGCCUUCAUCUAACUACGGCUCCGUUUAUGCUGCUUCUUAUGGAGCUGCCCCUGUUGAUUUGAUCAGAAGCCUCGACGAAAAUCGCAAGAAGCUCACUUUAGGCCUGCUUGAAAAGGCUAAGGAAAUCUGCUCUCAACAUGGGGUCAAUGCAGAGACGAUGACAGAAGUUGGGGAUCCCAAAGAGGAAAUUUGCAAGGCAGUCGAUAAACUCAACAUCCAGUUGCUUGUGUUGGGCAGCCACAGUCGUGGAGCAAUAAAAAGGGCGUUUCUGGGUAGCGUAAGCAAUUAUUGUGUUCAUAAUGCAAAGGGCCCUGUCCUUGUGGUGAAGAAGCCAGCUUGACCUAUCAGCAUCUACCAUCUCCUGUCUCAAGUUUAAAGUCAAGAAAGUUCAGCAGAAGCUAGUACCAUAGUUGCAAGCUUCACCGAUUCAUGUGACUGAUGGGGGGAUGUAACUUUCAAUAAACCCCCAGUGUUGUUUCAUUACUUCACCACAACGUCAAAUGUUGAUGUCUUCCAAUGUGAUAUAUGUUUAAGAUGCGUAAUAUACUUGCUGAUCAGCCCUCAAAUCUUCACGCUUUGUGCAUUCUCCAA